AUGCCAACACCAAUCCUCCUCCUCAAAACAAAAUCCUCUCCCAAUGACGGCUACGAAGACUUCUUCACAGCAAAUAACUACACCCCAACCUUCGUCCCCGUCCUCGAACACCGCUUCCAAACCACAAACCUAACCCACGUCCGCAACCUCUUCACCAGCGGUGCCUUCGACACAACCGAAAAUGACCAAUCCAAGAAAUACGGCGGUCUGAUCUUCACCAGCCAGCGCGCCGUAGAAGGUUUCGCACAGAUGAUAGAGGAUAACCAAGAUACCACCUUCAACACCCCAAAUCUCGUCCUCUACACCGUCGGCCCAGCAACAGCAAGAACCCUAACAACCCUCCGCGACAAACACCUCCCAUCAGCAACAAUCCACGGCGCAGACACAGGAACCGGGGAGAAUCUAGCCCAUUUCAUGCUAGAGCAUUACAAUACUCUCUAUUCCAAGGCCGAAUGGAAUCAGAAGGAGAAACCAUCUCUUCUUUUCCUCGUCGGCGAAACCCGCAGGGAUAUCAUUCCGCGCACACUGAUGGAUCCGUCUCUGGGGACCAGACGGAUAAACGUUGAGGAGGUUGUCGUGUACGAGACUGGUGUUAUGGGGUCUUUUGAGGGGGAUUUUGGAGACGUUAUACGCCAGACGCAGACACAGACCGAGAAGGAAGAUGGGGAGGUUUGGGUGGUUGUUUUUUCGCCGACGGGGUGUGAGGCUAUGUUGCGGGUUCUCGGGUUGGGGCCGUUUGCGGGAGAUGGGGAGAAGGAGGGGAAAGAGAAGGUGUUUGUGGCUACUAUUGGACCUACGACGAGGGAUUAUUUGAAGGAGACGUUUGGGUUUGAGGCGCAUGUUUGUGCGCCGGUGCCGAGUCCUGAGGGGGUGUUGGAGGGGAUUGAGAGGUUUAGGGCUGGAUGCUGA